GAAACAUGUAACUCACAGUGGUAAAACAUGGCUCAUUGAUACCGCGGUUUACUGACUCAUUCCAGGGAUCAACUGAAGCGAUGGUUGGCCACCUUGUGCUGCGUUCUGUCUUGACAUCGCGAUGUUCUCAGGAAGAAACAGAAAACAAUAAUAAUACUUUAGCUCCAGCCAUCAUAUAAAACAGCUGGUUUCCGAUGGUCUGCGAUCAGACGAUUUCCGUUAUUGCAGAAGAACCAAGGAAAGAAAAAAAGAGAAAAAAACCCUGCAAUAUUGGUUUAUCAUUGCAUUGGAUUCCCCGACAGACGAGCCAGUCCAUGAAUAGUGACGUUUGGAGAGUCAUCGGUGAGGAAUGGAAAAACAGUCGUUGUAGCCAGCUGCUUCUAUGACCUCCACCCACACUGUCGAAGAUCGUUGGCUUGUCAUUGAAGAAUCCAACAACAACAAAAGGCUGUUGUGUGUAACCAGUUUUAGUUGACCACGAUCUACCAUGGAUGUAUUUAAUGACUACGAAAUGCUGUACAACGCCAGUGUCGACCAUGUUGGCAAUGAUUCCGCCAACACUACAUCUUCACACGACACGGCGGUCGGAGCCACGAUUAUCUCCCCUAUCACCAUGUUUCUGGCUGGAGUCAUCGGCAACCUUCUGGCGCUGGUGGUUCUGUAUCGCACGAAGACUGAAAUCAGACGUAUGAUGUUUUACACGCUGGUGGCCGGACUUGCAAUAACUGACCUGGCUGGGAUCAUCCUCACGUCCCCGGUCACCAUAUCGGCUUACAUAAACCAGCGGCGGAUGCCUGGGGGUGACGGGCUCUGCACCUUCAACGCUUUCAUCAUGGUGUGCUUUGGCCUGUCCACGCCUCUCAUAGUGUGCGCCAUGGCGGUGGAGAGAUUCCUGGCCAUCAAGUGUACUUACUUCUAUUCCAAACACUGCACUCCGAACAAUGCCAGAAUCACUAUCGUCCUCCUGUGGAUGUUCGUCUUCCUGUUCGGUGCCCUGCCGCUGUUCGGUUUCGGUCAGUAUUCGCUGCAGUAUCCUCACACGUGGUGCUUCCUCAACUUCAGGACUCCGCACCCCGUGAACGCUGCCUACGGAUACAUGUACGCCGGGGUCAACCUCUGCAUCGUGGUGCUGAUGACCGUCUGCAACGUCGUCGUCAUGCUGUCUCUGCUGCGCGUGCGCUACCUGCGGCGCGAGCAGGGUCGCAACAGCCUGUCCGGGAACCUGCUGCAGGACAGCGUGGACGAGAGCCGGAUGUUGAGGGCGCGUGCGCGGAAGCAGAAGCAGCACGAUGUGGAGAUGCAGAUGGUCGUCCUCAUGUGUGUGAUCACCACGACGUUCGCCGUCUGCUGGGCGCCACUCAUGAUCUAUAUAACAAUCACCCUGGCAACAGGAGCGUCGAAUCCCGUUUUUGGUUUGGUGGCUGUGCGCCUGGCUAGCUUGAACCAGACACUGGAUCCAUGGCUGUACAUUCUUCUACGGAAAGCAUUCUUGAAGAGGAUCAAAUGUAAAGUACAGAAAUUCUUCUGUCCCGUGGCACCCGUGAAGGAGUUCUCGGAAUGCAAGUGUAGAGAAUACGUCCACGUGAGAAACCAGCUGUUCCACAGGAACGUGUACGUCGGCAACAAGUCUGAUCCCCAGGAUCAGAGCAGCAGUCAGAACACACGUCGAUCGCCGUGCCAGCCAUUCCAGGAGAACCAGCAGGUCUCCCUUCCGGAUGUCAUGAAGGACACGGAUACGGGAAAAGCCGAGUCCUUACCGGACGUGACGAAACCGAGGAGUUCCGAAGUUAACAAUGCCUUCAAUAUGUCGUCGAGUUCGGACGUAGACGUGGUCGAAUCUCCCGAUGGUAUUUACGUGGACAUAUUCAAACUUGUGCCUCCCAUUAUAGUUAAUCCAGACGACCAGAGUUCUGGUAGGACGAGUGAGGAGUGUUUUAAAACGGACGAGACGUCGGGAGUUGUUCAGUCCGGUAAUGGCGGAACUGGCGUUGUUAUUAAAAACAUGGCGUUCGUGGAAUCGUCUACGUCUGGUGUGUUUAGCCUGACCAGGAGUGGUCAGAAUGAAACAGUCGGUGAAGUGACUCAACAUUCAGAUAUAACACCGGUUAAUCCUGUUACGAAACUGACCACGCGGCGCACCAAAUCCUACACGUAGUGACGUAACGACCUUCUCAUCAAAAACAACGCUGAUAAACUGUGAUAUGUGCUUAGCAGCCUGCUUAUGCGUUGUGUGGAAUAUUUCAUGUAGUCUCUCCUCCCACCCACCUUCCAAAAUAACCCAACCCAAUUUAUGAUCGACGCUAUAUAUAUUUUUAAUUGUAUGUUCGUAUGUGCUCAAUUUAUGCUACGGACGUUUUUUUCUGGGUGGGGGUCUUGGCACAGGCAUGUGUGUAUGUUAUAUUAUUGAUAUUGCUAAAAACGUCGAUAUUCAAUAGGAAAGAUUAUUUAUGAAGAGGAAAAAACUUAACUUGCUUAUUUUGUAUGGGGUGUAUAUUUUGUCUUAAAGGCACUGAUCGUAGAUAUUAUUUUAUCUAAAAUAUGUUCCACCAUUAUAGCUUUUCUACUGUUAAAUAACACAUCACUUACUUCUGACGUAAAUGAUUAAUUUUGCCAUAUCCAAUGUGUUUUUGGUCGUCUGGUGUCAGUGUCUUUAAUUUUGUAAUAGAUACGGUGUUUGCUGAACUGUUCUUAUUUUGAAGGUGUUGUUGGAUUUGUUGUAUGUAAGACACCAACGAAACAAGACUAUCACUUGAGAGCAAUUCUAGAAGAACAAAUUCUGCUGAUUUAUAUUUCUAUACUGAUUUUGUUUUAAUUAAUCGUUAAUUACUCCAUGUUUCUAUUGUAAUAAGAUUUUUUAAUAUGGUUGGUUAUACCCGGAUCAAAAGAUCAAAAUGAAGCUAGAUCCAGAUCUUGGACGGAGGAGCCGAGCGAGGCCGGCACCUGUGCCCAGGACAGGCAUGCGUUACAACAGCUUGUUCUGAAUGUGCACGUUAAACACACUGGUCUGACCUGACCUACAUUAG